UAAUUUACUCAUACAGCCUAAAAUCAUGAUGAUAAGGAGGAGCAUAUCUUCAAGCAAAGCUUCCUUGGUCCUCUUUCUGUGCCAAAUGAUUUCUGCACUGGAUGUACCUCUUGACUCAAAACUUCUAGAAGAAUUGUCGCAACCUCCUACGAUAACUCAGCAAUCUCCGAAAGAUUACAUUGUUGACCCUCGAGAGAAUAUUGUAAUACAGUGUGAAGCAAAAGGAAAGCCACCUCCUAGCUUCUCCUGGACACGCAAUGGAACUCAUUUUGAUAUAGAUAAGGAUGCACAAGUAACAAUGAAACCAAAUUCAGGGACCCUUGUCAUAAAUAUUAUGAAUGGUGGGAAGGCAGAAGCAUAUGAAGGAGUGUACCAGUGUACAGCACGGAAUGAACGAGGAGCAGCCAUUUCCAACAAUAUCGUUAUAAGGCCUUCUAGAUCCCCUUUGUGGACAAAAGAAAAACUAGAACCAAAUCAAGUUCGAGAAGGUGAUUCCCUAGUACUACACUGCAGACCUCCUGUUGGCUUACCACCACCUAUAAUAUUUUGGAUGGAUAACGCUUUCCAAAGACUGCCUCAAAGUGAAAGAGUUUCCCAAGGUCUGAAUGGAGACCUUUAUUUUUCUAACGUACAACCAGAAGACACCCGGGAGGACUAUAUCUGCUAUGCAAGAUUUAAUCAUACGCAAACUAUACAGCAGAAACAACCCAUUUCUGUAAAAGUCCUUUCAACUAAGCCAGUUACAGAGAGACAGCCAGUUCUUCUAACACCAACAGGCAGCACAAGUACCAAAGUGGAACUCAGAGGAAAUGUACUUUUGUUGGAGUGCAUUGCAGCAGGAUUACCCACACCAGUAAUUCGCUGGAUUAAAGAGGGUGGGGAACUGCCAGCAAACAGAACGUUUUUUGAAAACUUUAAGAAAACUCUCAAGAUUGUAGAUGUUUCUGAAGCUGACUCUGGGAACUACAAAUGUAUAGCAAGAAAUAUAUUAGGUUCUGUUCAUCAUGUCAUUUCAGUAACUGUGAAAGCUGCCCCAUACUGGAUAACAGCACCCAGAAACUUGGUCUUGUCCCCUGGGGAAGAUGGGACAUUGAUUUGCAGAGCUAACGGCAACCCGAAGCCUAAUAUAAGCUGGUUAGCAAAUGGCGUUCCCAUCGCAAUUGCUCCAGAAGAUCCUAGCAGAAAGGUUGAUGGUGAUACCAUUAUUUUCUCACAUGUGCAAGAAAGGUCAAGUGCUGUCUAUCAGUGCAAUGCUUCUAAUGAAUAUGGAUACCUGCUAGCAAAUGCAUUUGUGAAUGUUCUGGCCGAACCACCAAGAAUUCUAACUCCUCCUAACAAACUGUAUCAAGUCAUUGCAGAUAGUCCUGCAUUGCUACACUGUGCUUAUUUUGGUUCACCUAAGCCUGAAAUUGAAUGGUUUAAGGGAGUGAAAGGUAGCAUCUUACAUGGAAAUGAAUAUGUUUUCCAUGAUAAUGGAACCUUGGAAAUUCCGGUGGCUCAGAAGGACAGUAGUGGUACAUACACAUGUGUAGCAAGGAAUGAAUUAGGAAAGAUACAAAAUGAGGUGCAAUUGGAAGUUAAAGAUCCAACAAUGAUAAUUAAACAACCAGAAUACAAAGUGAUUCAGAGAUAUGGCCAAGUUUCAUUUGAGUGUAUAAUAAAACACGAUUCUACCUUAUUACCAACAGUUAUAUGGUUAAAGGACAAUGAUGAACUGCCAGAUGAUGAAAGGUUUCUAGUUGGUAAAGACAACUUGACCAUUAUGAAUGUAACUGAUAAAGAUGAUGGAACGUACACUUGCAUAGUUAAUACGACGCUCGACAGUGUUUCAGCAAGUGCUGUGCUUACUGUUGUUGCUGCUCCCCCAACUCCAGCUAUCAUUUACGCUCGGCCAAAUCCACCCUUUGACUUGGAAUUGACAGGUCAGCUAGAAAGAAGCAUUGAACUGUCAUGGAUACCAGGAGAUGAAAAUAACAGUCCCAUCACAA